CUCACCACUUUCCUAUGUAAAUUCGUAACCCCCUCUUUCCUUUUCAUCACAACACAAAUAUACUAUAAAUACACAUUCACCUGUUUCUGUUCUCACUUCUCUCUCUCUCUCUCUCUCUCUCUCUCUCUCUCUCUCUCUGCUAUGGACUUCUACACCGAACAUGAAUUUGCUCAAGCUUCCAACUGGUAUUGCAACACUCAACCAUUACAAGACGACACUGACAAAAUCACUGAGUUUUCGCCAUUUGAGGGUUUCCCUGAGUUUGCUUGGGAAAGUGAGGUAUCAUAUCAAAGCAAUCACAUUUACAUCAACGAGUUCAAGGAUCUUGAAAACUUCAACUUCGAUUUCAACCUUCCACUCUUUCAUGAAAAUUUUGAGGUUAACAACCAAAACCCUCUCAAUGUUGUCUUUCCUGCAUUGGAACAUUGCAAUGACAAAGCUGAGAGUACUGGCGAGUGUAGUUUUGCUGAAUCUUCCGUGAAAAUGGGAAAUGGGUUUUCGAGGUUUGUGAAGAAAGAGGAGGAAUAUGUGUAUCAAGAACAGAGUCCAUCGCCAUUGCCAUUGUCAAGUAGUAGUACUAGUUUUGUUAGGAGUAAGAAGUCUUGUUUGCAAUAUGAUGAGAUUAAGAAACAUUUUGAUGUUCCUAUAACACUAGCUGCUAAGAGAUUGAACGUUGGGUUGACCGUUUUGAAGAAGAGGUGCAGAGAGCUCAAUAUCACAAGGUGGCCACACAGAAAAUUGAAGAGUUUGAUGUUACUCAUGGACAACCUUAAGGAAAUGGGAUUGGACAACGAGGUUGCUAGGUUGGAGAAGCAGAAAAAGUUGUUUGAGACAAUUCCUGGUAUGGAAUUGACUGAGGAAACCAAGAAACUGAGACAGGCUUGUUUCAAAAACUGUUACAAGAAGAGAAGAUUACUUAAAUUCCAACGUUGAACUUUGUUGUAAUGUUGGGUAGAAUGACAUGUAAAAACCCAUUACCAAUUUACCAUGUUCUUGUUUUUCAUGUUUUUUGUUUUUUUGUUACAAUUGUGAUUCCAAACGAGUAGUAGUUAGAUUAGCACUACAUGCUAUAGAUUAGGAAACUAGUUUGACUAUAGCACAUAUAUUUUGGGAAGUUUGUGAUAUAUAGUUCAAUUGCUAAGCAUGGCAUUUUCAGCAAAUUCUGAAGUGUUUCUUAUGUACAAAA